GGAGCGUGAGCCUGCGGGUGGCGCGGAGCGCAUGGUGGCGGCUUCUCUCGGAGCGCUACCGACCCGCUGACCCGGGCUCGGUUCCCUGUGUCCGGUGCGCCCCAGCGACCUGCUGGAGAUACACUCAACAGCAGCAUUAGCAGCAGCAAAGGCGGCUGCUCCGCCGCCCGCAUCUCCGCGGGAGCAUGGAGUGCGCCCUGGACGCCCAGAGCCUGAUCAGCAUCUCCCUGCGCAAGAUCCACAGCUCCCGGACCCAGCGCGGCGGCAUCAAGCUGCACAAGAACCUCCUAGUGUCCUACGUGCUCCGCAACGCGCGCCAGCUCUACCUGAGCGAGCGUUACGCCGAGCUCUACCGGCGCCAACAGCAGCAGCAGCAGCAGCAGCAACAGCAGCCGCCCCACCACCAGCACCAGCACCUCGCGUACGCGGCGCCGGGGAUGCCGGCCAACGCGGCGGACUUCGGCCCGCUCCAACUUGGCGGCGGCGGGGACGCGGAGGCGCGCGAGCCGGUCGCCCGGCACCAGCUGCACCAGCUCCACCAGCUCCACCAGCUGCAUCUCCAGCAGCAGCUGCACCAGCACCAACACCCGGCGCCCAGGAGCUGCGCGGCGGCGGUGGCGGUGGCCGGGGCGCCCGCGGGCUGCGCGGGGGCGCUCUCAGAGCUGCCCGGGUGCGCCGCGCUCCAGCCGCCGCACGGCGCGCCCCACCGCGGGCAGCACUUGGAGCCGCUGCAGCCGGGUCCUGCGCCGCUGCCGCCGCCCGCGCCCGCCGCGCUCUGCCCGCGGGACCCUCGCGUCCCGGCCGUCUGCUCUGCGCCCUCGGCGCCCCCGGGGGCUGCCCCACCGACCGUCGCCGCUUCCUCUCCGCCCGCCUCUCCAGCCCCUUCCUCGUCCCCUGGCUUCUACCGGGGCGCGUACCCGGCCCCCUCGGACUUCGGUGUGCACUGCAGCAGCCAGACCACCGUGCUGGACCUGGACACUCACGUGGUGACCACGGUGGAAAACGGCUACUUGCACCAGGACUGCUGCGCCUCCGCCCACUGCCCCUGCUGUGGACAGGGCGCUCCGGGACCCGGCCUGGCGUCCGCCUCUGGUUGCAAACGCAAGUAUUACCCUGGCCAGGAGGAAGAGGAUGACGACGAGGAGGACGCGGGUGACCUGGGAGCCGAGCCCCCCGGGGGCGCCCCGUUCGCCCCCUGUAAGCGCGCCCGCUUCGAGGACUUCUGCCCGGACUCGUCCCCGGACGCGUCCAACAUCUCAAACUUGAUCUCCAUCUUUGGCUCGGGCUUCUCGGGGUUGGUGAGCCGACAGCCGGACUCCUCGGAGCAGCCGCCGCCGCUCAACGGGCAGCUGUGCGCCAAGCAGGCGCUCGCCAGCCUCGGCGCCUGGACUCGAGCCAUUGUCGCCUUCUAGGGACCCCCGAGGACAUGGGGACCCUGGGCCCCGCGGGGCUGGGGCCAGACAAAGACUCGGCCAAAGGACGAUAGGGAACGAGCGGGUCCUGGCCACUCGGUGCGAGCUGGGGGCAAGCAGAGGCUGAUGUUUUAUAAAUUGUAAAAUAAAAAAAAUCUAAAAAAUCUUGGACUUUAUUUUUGCAGAGAGAAAAAGCGCCUAUUUAAGUAUGCUUUGUGUUUCUCUUACUCUUUUUUUCUUUUUAUUGUACUGAUUGCGGUGGUGU